AAAUGAUCCCCUGGUAGUUGAAUAAAAUUUUCCAAAUACUUCAUUUGUUCUAAGUGGCAGAAAAUUUAACCUAUCCUGUGAAUUUCUCUUAAAUGUUAUUUAAGUAGGCAGUACUUUCAUGUUCCAAUAAAAUAUUAGCAUGGUAAUGAAGAUUAGUAUGGUAUUAACCCUGGUUUUUCCUUCACUGUGAAAAAUGAUUUAACUUAUCACCUUAAAUUUUUUUGACAGAGCAAAUUCGAUUAAAGAAUAUCAGAAAAGUGUAUGGAAGAUGUAUGUGGUAUCGUUUACGGUUAUUAAAACCCCAGCCAAAUAUUAUUCCUACAAUAAAGAAAGUAGUUCUGCUUGCAGGAUGGGCAUUAUUCUUAUUCCUUGCAUACAAAGUUUCCAAAACAGACCGAGAAUAUCAAGAAUACAAUCCUUAUGAAGUAUUAAAUUUGGAUCCCGGGGCAACAGUAACAGAAAUUAAGAAACAGUAUCGUUUGCUGUCACUUAAAUAUCACCCAGAUAAAGGAGGUGAUGAAGUUAUGUUCAUGAGGAUAGCAAAAGCUUACGCAGCUUUAACUGAUGAAGAGUCCCGGAAAAAUUGGGAAGAGUUUGGAAAUCCAGAUGGACCUCAAGCCACAAGCUUUGGAAUAGCCCUGCCAGCUUGGAUAGUUGACCAGAAAAAUUCAAUUUUGGUUUUACUUGUAUAUGGAUUGGCAUUCAUGGUCAUCCUUCCAGUUGUUGUGGGGUCUUGGUGGUAUCGCUCAAUACGCUACAGUGGAGACCAGAUUCUAAUACGUACAACACAGAUUUAUACAUAUUUUGUUUAUAAAACCCGAAAUAUGGAUAUGAAACGUCUUAUCAUGGUUUUGGCUGGAGCCUCUGAAUUUGAUCCUCAAUAUAAUAAAGAUGCCACAAGCAGACCAACAGAUAAUGUUCUCAUACCUCAGCUGAUCAGAGAAAUUGGCAGCAUUAAUUUAAAGAAGAAUGAACCUCCACUUACCUGUCCAUAUAGCCUGAAGGCCAGAGUUCUUUUAUUGUCUCACCUUGCUAGAAUGAAAAUUCCUGAGACCCUUGAAGAAGAUCAGCAGUUUAUGCUGAAAAAAUGCCCUGCCCUACUUCAAGAAAUGGUUAAUGUAAUCUGCCAACUAAUAAUAAUGGCCCGGAGCCGUGAAGAAAGGGAGUUUCGUGCUCCAACUUUGGCAUCCCUAGAAAACUGCAUGAAGCUUUCUCAGAUGGCUGUGCAAGGCCUUCAGCAAUUUAAGUCUCCCCUUCUGCAGCUCCCUCACAUUGAAGAGGAUAAUCUUAGAAGGGUUUCUAAUCAUAAAAAGUACAAAAUUAAGACUAUUCAGGAUUUGGUGAGUUUAAAAGAAACAGAUCGUCACUAUCUGUUGCACUUCCUUGAAGAUGAAAAAUAUGAAGAGGUUAUGGCUGUCCUUGGGAGUUUUCCACAUGUGACUAUGGACAUAAAAUCACAGGUAUUGGAUGAUGAAGACAGCAACAACAUCACAGUAGGAUCCCUAGUUACAGUGUUGGUUAAAUUGACACGGCAAACAAUGGCAGAAGUAUUUGAAAAGGAGCAGUCUAUCUGUGCUGCAGAGGAACAGCCCACAGAAGAUAUGCAAGGGGACACUAACAAGAACAGGACAAAAGGAGGAUGGCAACAGAAGAGUAAAGGACCUAAGAAAACCACUAAAUCAAAAAAAAAGAAAACUAUUAAAAAAAAGCCUACACCUGUGCCCUUAUCACAAUCAAAGCAACAGAAACAAAAGCAAGCAAAUGGAGUCAUUGGGAGUGAAGCUGCAGUGAAGGAAGAGGAAGAAGAGGUGUCUGAUAAAGGCAGUGACUCUGAAGAAGAAGAAACCAAUAGAGACUCGCAGAGUGAGAGAGAGGACGGCAGCGACAGGGACUCCGACAGGGAGCACGAUGAGAAGCAGAGCAAAGAUGACGAGGCAGAGUGGCAAGAAUUACAACAAAGUAUACAGAGAAAGGAGAGAGCUUUGCUGGAAACCAAAUCAAAGAUAACACAUCCUGUUUAUAGUCUUUACUUUCCCGAGGAAAAACAAGAAUGGUGGUGGCUUUAUAUCGCAGAUAGGAAAGAGCAGACAUUAAUAUCUAUGCCAUAUCAUGUGUGUACACUAAAAGAUACAGAAGAGGUAGAAUUGAAGUUUCCUGCGCCAGGCAAGCCUGGAAAUUACCAGUAUACAGUGUUUUUGAGAUCAGACUCCUAUAUGGGUUUGGAUCAGAUAAAGCCUUUGAAGUUGGAAGUUCAUGAGGCUAAGCCUGUGCCAGAAAAUCACCCACAGUGGGAUACAGCAAUAGAGGGAGACGAAGACCAGGAGGACAGCGAGGGCUUUGAAGACAGCUUCGAGGAAGAGGAGGAGGAGGAGGAAGAUGACGACUGAGCAGGGCUGCAGACGGACCAUGCUGUUUGCACGUGUUAGCAAACGUUUGCUGUUUUGGAAGUGUAUAAUAAACCAGAAACAGUGCCGAACUAUUGUCAAGGGAGGUGUUCUUUCCUGGAAAUGGGUGCAUAAUAUAACGUAGGCAGUGCUGGUGCCUUGGUAUCGUCUGAACAAUGCUUAAGGCUUGUUAAAGCCUUUCAGGUAUGGGAGGGUACAUUUAUUUCAUCUGCAAAUGAUAAUAAACCCUUUGUUAUAACUGUCCAGAGUGUGGGCUCUGUAUUAUCUGAUCAAUUUAUGGUCCCAGUAAAAGAAAAAGUACAUGAAAAACAGUCUAUAAAUGAGCAACUUAUUUGUUCAGUUUUAGUUUUAGCAAACAUUAAAGUAUGAUAAACAUCACAACUAUGUUUUAAGUAACAUCCGCUCAAGUUUUAAUCUUGGUAAGCUCUAUCAUUCAUUUAUUGACAUUUUGCAGCGAUACAAGAUUAUUGAUCACAGCUCCAUUUAUAGUUUUAAACCUCUUAUUUUUACCUAUCAUGGUCAUAAGUUGGCAUUCUCUCACAUUCCACAUAAUGUAGAGGGCUGCAUUUUGGGAUUUUGCUUUCUUAAUUUCCAAGAGUUAAUCAGACAGAUUAUAAAAACGGCUUUUAAUGGCUUAAAACAUUUUUAAGCCUCUAUUUGAGCAGAUCAAUGCAGGAUCUAGUUCUUUUUAUAAGCUAUAGAUCUAAAAAUGAUUGUGGGACCAUAUGUUCUCUGAUGUGGUGACUUAUGUUAUUAAACCUUUUUUUAAAGGUUCACUAUAAAAGCUGAAACACAUUCUUAGCUUUUAAUCUACCUGACUCUAUCACAAGCCUUUUAAGGAAAAAAAUAUAUAACAUGCAAAGGAGGCAUUUUUUGUAUUCAUUUUGGACUCCUGUCAAUAAAAUAGAAGUUUGACUCGUUUUACGUUUGUAAUGGUGUGUGUCUUUUUACUCCCAGAGAAAGGAUAUGAUAAGGAUAAUUGUUUUAUUUUUCAACUAAAAUUUUAUAUUAUCGUACAUCACUGCUGAAGUGACUGCUGUUUCUGUAAACAAUAGAAAAACCCAUGAGUGGGAGGAAUUUCCCCUCACCCAGUGUGCCCUGAAAGGAGAGUGCUUAUAAAGAGUAGGAAUGUAUAUGUGAUGAAUCUUUGAGGUAAGAUGAAUAUUUUUAUGACUAGGUAUGGAGGAAGUGUAAGUCUCUAAUAUUAUAGGACUGGCUAAUAAUCCUCUCCUAUCAAAUCUUCAUAGGCCAAAGUACUAUUGGAGUACUAAUUUUGUGACCUUGUUUAUUUAAAAGUUGUCCUCUUUCCAUGCAGGAUUAGCACUGAUAUUGUUACUGCAGUAGUUGGAAAUAAAAUUUGAAAAUUACCAGAAA